CCCGGGACCUCCGGAUUUCAACACCAGCGCCCUAAACCGCUCGGCCACGCUGCCUUCUUGUGAAUUGAUAAAAAGGAAACAUUAUUUAACUCACAGCCACUCCGGAAAAGAACUCAACGUAACUAUCAAAAUAUCAGAAUCAGUUUAAAGACAAAAGAAAGCUUUGAAUAAAAAAGGUAGGCGCUUUUUUUUCUUCCCUUUUUCCUAUUUUGUCCAUCGUUAACAGUCACAAACCUAGCUGCAGUUGAUUAACAACCUACCUUUCGAUCAUAAUUCAAAAAAUGGUAUACGGGGGAAUUGUUGAUUUAGCUAUUUUCCGGUAUUCAAUUAUAUGCCAGUCUUCACAAAUACUACUACAAAUACAUCCGGCAAAAAAUGAAACAAGUCUUUCAAGUUCCGGUAGGUAAUUCAGUAUCCUAUUCUAUUUCCCUGGAAAUAUGAUUUUUCUUUACUAAAAACUACGUCAAACAGUGACACGUUCGGACAGUUUUGGUGUAGACCGUGAGAAACUACCCAUUAAAACUUAUGACAGACAUAACCCCAAAAACAGAAAAAUGAAGACACGAUGCAAAUUAGGUUGUAUACGUGGUGGAACAAUCAUGGUUUAACGAAGGAUUUUGCAUGGCGAUAAAAAAAAAAUAGAUAUCCUGAUAAUUGUUCAAAACAGUGGGAAACUUCUUAGUUUAUUCUACUGAGAUUCAGACUCAUAUCGACAGAGAGACAAUGUGAGUGAAACAAUUCAAAUACUAAUAACAACCUUGGCCCUUCAAAGUUUCUUUACCAUAGAUAAUUAAAUGAGUAACAAUCCAAGGAAAGCUUUUUUGGUCUUUAAUCUAAAAGCAAGGAAGUCAUUAAUUUAGAAACAUUCUACAAUCCCAACUAAUUAAGUUACCCGGCAUGGCUAUGUCGGUCAUAUUUACCCCUUUAAACCCUCGCAAAAUUUGCAACAUUCAUUAAAAGUUUUCAAUUAUCUCCGCUGUCGUCUGCCUUUUCCGAUGCUAAAACUUAUUAUUUAUUUCACGAGUCACUUGUAUCCUAAAAAGUGCUGCAGUGUUUGUCGUACUCUCGCCAAUUUCUGUGCCAAAUUGUAAAAGCAGUGAGACCUGCUGGUUUGGAUUUCAGACAGCUAUCUCGAUCGAGACGUUUUGGAAAAUCCUUGAGAUAAGAGCAGAGGUUCUUGAGCUGAGCCAGCCAGACUUUCAGGUUUCUAGUACGGGCCUCAGAACUGAUAGCUGCCUGUUCCAAAUCAGCUACUGAGAGAACGCAGAAGUGAUAUACGAACAGAAUGUCCCGUUUUGCUCACUUUGAACUGUUAUCCCUGGAGAUGAGUGAAUCUGUUGACAACUCGACAAGUAACAAUGAGACUGAAGAAGGAACAACGAGUUUGAGCGGAGCUGAACGGAACUUUAAGACUGUAUUUUACUGCUGUCUGUUCAUUCUUGGUUCUUUGGGGAACCUCAUGGUCAUUGUGGUCGUAAAAGGAAAACGUAAACGAACUAUAAAUGAUUAUUUCAUUUUAAACUUAGCAGUUUCGGACUUGACAUUCUUGUGGUUUUCUCUUCCUUUCUACACGUAUGAGCUUUUUCAAGAAUUCUACAAGAACGCCUUUUACUGCAAACUCAUUUGGCCCAUGAUGUCAAUCACCCUUUCUGUCAGUGUUUUCACCCUAGCGUCCAUGGCAGUUGAACGGUGCCGAGGAAUCAUCAAUCCACUACAACCGAGAAUUAAGCUGCAAGCUACCUUGGUUUGGAUUCUGGUGAUAUGGAUAUGCGCUUUAGUCACUAUGUUUCCGUUAAUGAUCGUAACGCGGCCAGAUAAAGUACUGUGUUUUGAAGCAUGGCCCGAAGAAUAUUACAGGCAAGCCUACACUGCAGUGUUAUUCGCACUCCAGUACGCCAUCCCUUUGAUUGUAAUCGCCAUAGCGUACCUGAGAAUUGCCGUUUGUCUUGUAACAUCUCAGAUACCAAUGCUCACUUCACAAAACUCUCACGGAGAAGUUAUCAGACAUAAAACGAGAAGUGAAAAUGUUCAGAUCAUACGAACAUUGGCUGUUAUUGUGGUUCUGUUCAUGGCCUGUAUGUUGCCCAAUCAAAUUGCUUGGAUGCUAUUUGAUUUUGGUGGUGCUUCAUACAAGGAGCUCUCCCACGCUUUUUGGACCAGCGCAGAAGCGCUAAUAUUCCUUCACGCAUGUGUAAAUCCCAUUGUAUACGGGUCUUUCACUCGUCAGUAUCGUCGUGGAUAUCUUCUAUAUUUCCGGUACGUUUGCUGUUGCAGGGUUACAAACAUAAAUUACGCCAGUGGAAUUUCAGAAAACCUUACUACUGAUAGAAAAGCCCGACCAAAGCGAAGCGCGGUUGUGCUUCAUGGCUCCCUUACCUUCAGGAGCUUAAGAGAGAAAAGUAGAAGUACACGUCUUGAAAUGCAGUCCUCACCAGUUUUGUCUACUAGUGGAGCGAGUAAUCAGUUUGGAAGCCUUUCGCCGUGCCCCUCCCCUCUCCCAGGAUCGACCAGUGUAGCGAUACUCUUAAAAACGUUCAAUAGACAGGAAACGAAAACACUUUUGAACUUGUCUUUCAACAACUCGGCUUUAGAAAUUUCUGAUGACGAACAAAGCGUCCAAGACACGAAACUGUAGUUUCAGCAAAUAACUUCAUGUUAUAGGCACGGAGAACUGCAAUUACGUUACUUCACAAAAAGUAACGUCGCAUGAUUUGUCUCUGGCAGAUACAUUUGAUGACGACUUCCAGUUAGAGCAAAAUUAAAAGAUUUCCCCACUGUAGGCAAUUUUCGAAUAGACUGCGAUCUCAAGUAAAAAAGUCUGCCUGUACAAUACAAUACAAUACAAUAGAAAUUUAUUGUGUUAUACACUUAGCUAUAUGCGAGGCGUGACAUCACAUGAAAGAUAAAAUGGCACACCAACUAAUUUGCAGGUAUUUCACACGAAUUAAAAGUAAAUGUAAUAUAUAAGUGAAAAUUUUAAAAAAGUAGAAGUCAGAUAAAAGGCAAUCUAAAAUAAUCUACACGUUAUGCUAAAAAGUAAAAACGAUAAUCUUAUAGCUUCUUAUGUACUGAAAUAAGAUAACAAUAAGUAGUAAGUUAGGUUAAAAGGACCAAAAGAUCAAUUUUCUUGAUACCGCCUUUUUAAAGUUCUAAUAGUUCUAUAUGAAACUAGUAGCAGGUUCCAUAGCUGUAGCGCUAGGUAACGCCACGCUUUCAGUCCGUAGAUUGAGGUGUUGACCUUAGGCAGUUUUAGAAUUUAAGGUUUUG